CUCUCCCGGUCAAACAUCGCCAGGUCUGUCCUUUGCAUCCAACAAACUUCCCCCCACCCCAUUGUCGCAGGACGAUUCUUCUUUCAUCCCUACCUUCCACCUUCAUUUUCACCGGCAACCCCGUCCAGUGCACCUUCUUUCCCCUCUCCCUCCUAUUUCCGACCCGACUUCACAAUGGGCAAGUUGACCAGCACGAUCGGUAUUCCGAUCAAGCUCCUGAACGAGGCGCAGGGCCAUGUUGUCACCCUCGAAAUCACGUCCGGUGUCGUGUACCGCGGAAAACUUCUGGAGGCUGAGGAUAACAUGAAUGUUCAACUCAAGGAUAUCACGGUUACUGCUCGCGACGGUCGCGUGUCACACUUGGACCAGGUCUACAUCCGCGGCAGCCAUGUUAAGUUCUUCAUUGUGCCGGAUAUGUUGAGAAACGCGCCCAUGUUCCGUUCGCGAGGCCAGCGCGGCCGCGGUGUCGGUCUGGCUCGUGGUAAGGCUACUGUGCAAAGAGCUCGCGGCCAGCGGCGAGGCUGAAUAGGGAUGGGUUCUGGCGAUGAUGGGGAGUGGAUAAUCAUUAACUUGGUCGGCGUUUGUCUUUUCUGCUAUGGCUGUGCAACCUUGGAUCUGGGUCGAUUGGGGCGAUUCUCGUGAAUCGAAUAAAUAUCAAACAAAAUCGAAUGACGAUUGGCCCUAAUUUUGCGAAAACUGUAAAUCUAGUUCUAUAUUAUGAAUAUGUCGA